CUAAUAAUUGACAAGUUCGAAAUGCAAUUAUUAAUGAACGAAUCCCUACCAAAAAAAGCCGUAGUGUGUACAAAGCUGACCUCAAGUCUUCGAUCCAAACGACGACAGCGCUAGUGACAGUGCAACGCGAAAUGGCCGAGCAAGGCACAAGGAGUGUGAAUGGACCCUCGUAUGAGGAGCUACAGGAAGUGGCAGCAGCCAUUCAGAAGAUGACUGACAUUCGGCCCACUAUUGGGAUUAUCUGUGGCUCAGGCCUCGGGGGGCUGGCCGAAGAUUUGGACAAUGAUAAACCCAAAAAUGUGAUCUCGUAUAAAGACAUCCCAAGAUUCCCCAAAACCACGGUCAAGGGGCACAAAGGCAACCUGGUGUUUGGGUACAUCAAAGGCUGUCCGGUGGUGUGCAUGCAAGGUCGCUUCCACUUCUACGAGGGACACCACCCAACCACGAUCACCAUGCCUGUGCGAGUGAUGAAGCUCCUUGGAGUGGACACACUGGUGGUAACCAAUGCUGCAGGUGGUCUCAACUCUACCUAUAACAGAGGGGACCUCAUGAUUGUCAAGGACCAUGUUAAUUUGGCUGGAAUGACAGGGGCUAACCCACUCAUGGGAGAUAACGAGGACAGGUUUGGCCCUCGGUUUCCUGCCAUGACAUCAGCGUACGAUCGUGAGCUAAGACAGCUGGCCAGCCGGACUGCUACAGAGCUGAACAUGUCUGAGUUCACUCGGGAGGGGGUCUACGUUCACUUGAGUGGGCCCUCUUAUGAAACCCCUGCAGAGUCUCGGUUCUUGAAGCUGAUUGGUGCCGAUGCUGUGGGCAUGAGCACUGCCCCCGAGGUGGUUGUGGCCAAACACUGUGGGAUGAAGGUCCUGGGCAUCUCCCUGGUGACCAACAUGGUGAUACUGGACCAUGACUCGGACCAAGAGCCACCCAACCAUGCAGAGGUCAUGGAGACAGCUGACAAACGAGCUAAAGACAUGCAGACUCUCGUCAAGUCUGUCAUAGGCAAACUCUAUCAGAAUGCUUAGAACGUAUGACCUUUAAACCCUAGCUUGUCCACCCCCCUAGCCGAGACUUAGUAGCAGUAGCAAGAGUUUUAAGUUUCACAGUAUUAUUUUUAUAUCUACUGCUUGUACUUUGAGUUUU